AUGGAGAGUGCUCCAGAAGCACAACCACAUGAGGAAUUUUCCUGCUGGAAAAUCUGGCAGCAAAUUGCAAGUGACUUAACCACGUGUGAAAGCCCCAUGAUAAGUAGCUCUCAAUUCCACGAACAAGGUGAUUCCUCCUGCCAAAUUGAGGAAGGACUUUCAGUUACUCACACAGGAGAGCAACCAUACCAGUGUAAUGUGUGUACACAAACUUCCAGUGGUGUCUCUAGCUUUAGUCUUCAUCAGCAAUCACACUCAAGAGAGAAGUCUUAUACUUGUAGUGAAUGUGGAAUAAGCUUCUCUUAUAGCUCAGCUCUUCUUAUUCAUCAGAGAGUUCACACAGGAGAGAGCCUUUUUAAGUAUGAUGAGUGUGGUAAGACAUUCAGCCAGAACUCUCAGCUGCUGACUCAUCAGAAGGUCCACACUGUGGAGAAACCACACGAAUGUGAGGCAUGUGGGAAAGGCUUCCGUUCUAGAUUUGCACUUAAUUUUCAUUGCAAAAUUCACACAGGAGAGAAACCUUAUAAUUGUGAGGAAUGUGGAAGAGCCUUCAUUCAUGCUUCUUAUCUUCGGGAACAUCAGAGAAUCCACUCUGAUGAGAAACCUUUCAAAUGUGAUAAAUGUGGUGAGAACUUUCGUCGUAGGUCAACACUUAACAUCCAUUACAUGCUCCACACGGGAGAGAAGCCAUACAAAUGUGAAGACUGUGGGAAAGACUUCCGUCAGUCUGCUGGUCUUCGGACCCAUCAGAGAAUCCAUAGUGGAGAAAAACCAUUUAAUUGUGAAGUGUGUGGCAAGAAUUUUGGUCGGAGAUCACACCUUCGAUCCCAUCUGGGAGUCCACACAACAGAGAGACCAUACAAAUGUGUUCUGUGUGGGAAGAGCUUUAUGAUGAAAUACAAUUAUGAAUUUCAUCUAAUAGUCCACACUGGAGAUAAGCCUUAUAAAUGUGAAGUGUGUGGAAAGUGUUUUAGUCGUAGAGGAGAUUAUAAUAUUCAUUGUAGAAUCCAUACAGGAGAGAAACCCUAUAAUUGUGAGGAAUGUGGGAAGGACUUCAGCCGUAGAUCAGCACUUAAAGAUCAUUACAGAGUGCACACAGGAGAGAAACCUUAUAAUUGUGAGGAGUGUGGGAAGUGCUUCAUUCGUCGAUCGGGACUUACUGUACAUUGCAAAAUACACAAGGGAGAGAAACCUUAUAAUUGUGAGGAAUGUGGCAGGGCCUUCAUUCAGGCAUCACGUUUCCGGGAGCAUCAGAGAAUCCACACUGGGGAGAAACCAUUCAAAUGUGAUACGUGUGGUAAAAACUUCCAUUUAAAAUCAACACUUUAUAAUCAUUGCAAAAUCCACACGGGAGAGCAACCAUACAAAUGUGAGGAGUGUGGGAGAGGCUUCAACUUUCCCUCAAAACUUUAUGUCCAUAAGAGUGUCCAUACAGGAGAGAAACCCUAUAAUUGUACAGAGUGUGGGAAGCACUUUAGUCGGGGUUCAUAUCUUCGGAAACAUCAGAGAGUCCACAAUGGAGGAAAGCCACUCAAAUGUGAAGAAUGGAAAGAGAUUUGGUCAGAAUUCACACCUUCAUUCCCAUCAGAGGGUUCACAGUGGAGAAAACCUAUACAGAUAUGA